AUGGCAGAGCUGGUGGCGACCAUUGCGAUUCGGCCACUGGUGUCCAUGCUGAUGAACAAGGCGUCCAGCUACCUCCUGGACCAAUAUAAUGUGAUGGACGGAUUGGAGAAGCAACACAAAAUUCUCAAACGCAAGCUUCCGGCCAUCCUUGAUGUCGUCACUGAUGCUGAGGAGCAGGCGAAAGCCCACAGAGAAGGGGCGAAAGCCUGGCUCCAGGAGCUCAAGACGGUGGCAUAUGAGGCACAUGAAGUCUUCGACGAAUUCAAGUACGAAGCACUCCGCCGUCAAGCCAGGAAGGAUGGGCACUACAACAAGCUUGGCUUCGAUGUGAUAAGACUCUUCCCCACUCACAACCGUAUUGUUUUCCGUUACAAAAUGGGUCGCAAGCUUUGCCGGAUUCUGCAGGCCAUUGAGGUACUCAUAGCAGAGAUGCAUGCCUUUAGGUUCAAGUACAGACCACAGCCGCAGGUGUCCAAGCAGUGGAGGCAGACAGAUCAUGUUAUCAUCGACCCACAAGAAAUUGCCAGUGAAUCCAGAGAGAAAGAUAAGAAGAAUAUUGUUGAUAUACUACUUGGUCAAGCUAACAAUGCAGAGCUCGCAGUUGUUCCCAUCAUUGGAAUGGGAGGCCUUGGCAAGACCACCUUAGCGCAACUCAUAUACAAUGAUCCUGAAAUUCAGAAGCAUUUCCAGUUGCUGCUUUGGGUGUGUGUCUCUGACACAUUUGAUGUGAACUCCCUGGCCAAGAGUAUAGUUGAAGCAUCUCCCAGUAAGAAUGUUGAUACAGAUAAACCACCACUGGAUAGACUUCAAAAAUUGGUCAGCGGACGGCGGUAUCUCCUUGUAUUGGAUGAUGUUUGGGACAACAAAGAGUUACGUAAGUGGGAAAGGCUGAAGGUCUGCUUGCAUGGUGGCAUGGGCAGUGCAGUGUUGACAACAACUCGUGAUAAACGGGUUGCUAAAAUUAUGGGUGCAGAUAGGGCAGCCUACAAUCUCAAUGCUUUGGAGGAUCCCUUCAUAAAGAAAAUUAUUGAGGCUAGAGCAUUCAGCCUGGACAAACAAAAGCCUGCUGAACUAGUGGAGAUAGUUGAUGAGAUUGUGAAGAGAUGUUGUGGCUCUCCAUUAGCUGCAACUGCACUGGGUUCUGUACUUCGCACCAAGACCAGUGUGGAAGAUUGGAAAGCUAUAUCAUCUAGAAGCAGCAUUUGCACUGAUGAAACUGGAAUUUUACCAAUACUCAAACUUAGCUACAACGACUUGCCUGCACACAUGAAGCAGUGCUUUGCUUUCUGUGCUGUGUUUCCCAAGGAUUACAAGAUUGAUGUGGAGAAGCUUAUCCACCUAUGGAUUGCAAAUGGCUUUAUCCCAGAACACAAGGAAGAUAGUCUUGAAACCACUGGAAAACAUAUUUUUGAUGAACUGGUCUCAAGGUCAUUCUUUCUGGAAAUUGAGAAAAGUAAAAAGUUUGAGCGGUAUUAUUCCAUAACUACUUGUAAAAUCCAUGAUCUUAUGCAUGAUGUUGCAAUGUCUGUUAUGGAAGAGGAAUGUGUUGUUGUGACCAUGAAGCCAAGUGAAAUUGAGUGGCUAGGAGAUACUGCUCGACAUUUAUUUUUGUCAUGUGAAGAAAUGGAGGGUAUUUUGAAUGAUUCUUUGGAGAAAGGAUCCCCUGCCAUUCAAACACUAAUAUGUGAUAAUCAUAUGCAAAGUUCAUUGAAGCAUCUAUCAAAAUAUAGCUCUUUGCACGCCUUAAAGCUUUCUAUUAGAGGCACAGAAUCAUUUCUUCUCAGAGCAAUGUAUCUGCAUCACUUGAGGUACCUUGAUCUCUCCAACAGUGAUGUCAAAGCACUUCCUGAGGAUAUAAGUAUUCUAUAUAACCUGCAAGUGUUAGACCUUUCCAACUGUUAUCGUCUUGAUCAACUUCCGAGGCAAAUGAAGUAUAUGACUUCCCUCCGCCACCUCUAUACUCAUGGAUGUUGGAAGUUGAAGAGCAUGCCUCCAGGACUAAGAAAACUCACUAACCUGCAGACACUGACAUGCUUUGUGGCAGGACUUCAUGGCCCUGAUUGCAGUGAUGUUGGAGAGCUGCAUGAUUUAAAGAUUGGUGGUCAGCUAGAGCUACGUCAAGUAGAGAAUGUUGAAAAAGCAGAAGCAGAAGUGGCAAACCUUGGAAACAAGAAGGAUCUCAAUCAACUGACGUUAAGAUGGAGUAAGGUUGGCGACAACAAGGUGCUUGACAAAUUCGAACCUCAUGGUGGGCUGCAGGUUCUGGAGGUACAUUACUAUGGAGGAGAGUGCAUGGGUAUGUUGCAAAACAUGGUUGAGAUCCAUCUUUUUCAUUGUGAAAGAUUGCAAUUAUUGUUCAGGUGCAGUACAAUCUUCACUUUUCCAAGACUGAAGGUGCUUACGCUAGACCAUCUGUUGGGUUUUGAGAGAUGGUGGGAAAUAAAUGGGAGGGAAGAAGAACAGACAAUAUUUCCUGUGCUUGAGAAGUUGUUCAUUAGUAAUUGUGGUAAGUUGGCAGCAUUACCUGAAGCACCAUUGUUGCAAGUACCUUGUGGUGAAGGUGGUUAUAGAGAUGUACAUUCAGCAUUUCCUUCCCUAAAGGUUCUCGAAAUAAAAGAGUUGGAGAGCUUUCAGAGAUGGGUUACACUCGAAGAGACUCAAGGAGAACAAAUAUUGUUUCCUCGACUUCAGGAAUUAUCAAUUGAGGAAUGCCCAAAGCUGAUAGCGUUACCUGAAACACCAUUUCCUGCCCUCAAGGUGCUCAAAAUGAAAAGGUUGGAGAGCUUUCAUAGAUGGGACGCUGCUAAAGGAGAGCAUAUAUUGUUUCCUCAGCUUGAGAAAUUAUCAGUUCAGAAAUGCCCAAAGAUAAUAAAUUUACCUCAAGCACCAAAACUCAGUGUAUUAGAAAUUGAAGAUGGCAAGCAAGAGAUAUGCCAUUGUGUAGACAGAUAUUCGUCUUCAUUGAACAAUCUGAUAUUGAAGCUAGAUUGCACUUCAAUUGUACCGAUGGAAAGCAAGGAGAAAUGGAACCAGAACUCAUUCUUUGGAGCGGGUGCACCAGAGCCGUCAUACUAUUUUCUACAUCUUCAAGAAUUGGAAAUUAGUGGAUGUGAUGUGCUCAUCCAUUGGCCAGAGAAGGUGUUCCAAAGCUUGGUAUCCUUGAGGAGAUUAGGGAUUACAAACUGCAAACAACUUGUUGGAUAUGCAAAAGUUCCUCUUGAGCCAUCAACAACUAAAAGGAGUCAAUGCCUGCCAGGUCUGCAGUCUCUUGAGUUAAAAGAUUGUGCACGUUUGGUAGAGAUGUUCAACAUCCCGACAUCUCUCAAGAUAAUGGACAUUGAGUCAUGCCCUAAACUUCACUCCAUUUUUGGCAAGCAGCAGGGCAUGCCAGAGUCCGUUGAAGGUUCUUCUUGCAGUGAGGCGAUCGUACAUGCAACUCUAUCAGAGUUGCCAUCCUCACCAAUGAGUCACUUUUGUCCAUGCCUAGAAUCUCUAUGUUUGUCUGCAUGUGGAAGCUUACCAACGAUCCUAAAUAUACCUCCAUCUUUAAAGACCUUAAAAAUGUAUGAUUGUAGUAGUAUUCAAGUCCUGACAUGUCAGCCGGGUGGACUCCAGAAUCCAGAAGCCACUACUUCCAUAAGCAGAAGACCAAUCAUGCCAGAGCCACCACCAGCAGCAGCGACAACUGCAAGAGAGCAUUUACUUCCUCCCCAUCUCGAAUAUCUAGUAAUACAGGACUGUGCUGGCAUGUUGGGUGGGACUCUCCGUCUGCCUACACCCCUCAAGAGACUUGACAUUAUUGGCAACAGUGGGUUGACAUCGCUGGAGUAUCUGUCACGAGAUCACCCAUCAUCGCUUGCAGUCCUUCACCUUCGAAGAUGCAGUACCCUGGCAUCCCUGCCAAAUGAGCCGCAAGUAUACAGGUCCCUCACUUAUCUUGGAAUUAGAGGCUGCCCUGCUAUAAAGAAGCUCCCUGGAUGCCUGCACCAGCAACUGGGCAGCAUCAAAUACAAAGAAGUGGAUGCCCAUUAUGAAGUGAUGGCAUUUAAACCAAAGACAUGGAAGGAGAUACCAAGGCUAGUCCGUGAGCGGAGGAAGGCCGCUCGAGAAGACAGGGAACGCCAACGAUCCACGAGGCAGGAGUAAGUAGGUUGGAAACCACGUAGAAAGGGCAUCGAUUCUGAUUGCUCUGAAGAAUGUACAAGGUUAUGCCGUGAAUUUAAUCAAUCGGCUUUGCUGAGCUUUGUCCUCUAUCUGUUUUCGCUUUGUUUAGUUAACUGAUGAGAAGAC